AUGGCGGUCACAGGAAGCGUGUGCUGUCUCGUGGUAAUUCCAGAGUGGUGUGCAGGCCUUCGACAAGCAGCGCAGAUCCCUAAGGCCCCAGACCCGUGGUCAAAGGAGGCUGUUCUGCUUGCCCUCGAACGUUGGAAGAGGAAGAAAAGGACAGUGGAGGAGGAGGAAGAACAAACAUCUGUGGCUGGUCAGGAGGACAAAAGAAGGUGCCAUGACAGCAGUGGGAGUGGCCAUUCAGCUUUUAAGCCCGAAGUGGCCAACGGAGUCCGUGCUGCUUUUGUGCCUGAGCCUGGGCGGAGCCAUGAUGCUCGGAGUCCCGCGCCGGGGGCGGGGCAGGACGCCGGGGGUGGGCGGGGCGAGGGACGCGCCCUCCGCCGCCCGUCGUCCCCCGGCGGCGGUGGCCCGCGUUUCCACGGCCCAACACGCAGCCUCGCGGGAAGCUACCCCCGCGUCACGGGCAGCUGCGGGGUCGACUGCGGGAGGCGAGCGGGCACCGGGGCCUCUGCCUCCCCGGGCGUGCUCAGGCCGGACGGCCGGCCCGGCGAGCUCCCCGCGGUGGCAGAACCCCUUCGCGGGCUGGGGUGGACCAGACACAGCCCCGGGGUGCGCGGCCCCCGCCAGGAUGCCGGCUGUCCCGGGUGCCGGGCCCUGGCUCCCAGCGACUCGGCCCGUCCGAGGAGCCACAGGCGGCAGGUCGCUGGCCUCACAGCGCCGCCUCCCCGGGAGCUCCGGGUCCGCGCGGCCGGCACCCCCUGGCGGCCUCCAGCUGUCAGGCUUACCCCGCGGGCUGUUCCCGCGGCUGCUGCCGCCACCGCCGCAGGGAAGCACACGGGCUGUGGAGGCGGCCGCGAGCGCCCUCCCCCGCAGCUGGGACGUCAGGCCUCUCUUAGACUCAAUCAACGCUCUGGAAGAGGCAUCCCAGUGCCUCACCCUUCUCCAGCCCAGCCUCGUCCCUCUCACAGACACCAGAGAGUCCAGAAAAGAAAAUGAGGUAAUCGGUGAUUUUCUGUGUGGAUUAAUGAGAGGGUGGGAAAGGAGGGAAAUUUACUUGGCUCUUAGGCUUUCUGAGACUCCAAUUUGGAGAAUCAAAACAGUUCACAUCUAAAGGGCAGAGAUGAUGCCGCCCUGAAUCACUCUCGUCUCUUGCAGUCGUCACAUAGUGUGACCACACUGGCCUCUGCUUCCCCUUAUGCUGCAGCGUGAGGGGCUGGGGCAUAAGGGGAAGGGCUUGCACGGGACAGAGUGAACAGAGUGACUGAUGGGGGUGGGCAGCAGGCUUCACAUUCUAGACCCCAGCUGACCGCCUAGGUGCCUGACUAGAAUGUCACUUUCUUAGAGAUAGAGGUGUGACUAGGACUCUCAGAAACUUGGCAGGUUGUAUGUAAGGUUCUGAAGAUUGUUUUCUGCUUGUUUUAAGACAAAGGUGUCUCUAUGGCUUCUGUGAACUGCCUCUCUUCAUUUCUUUAGGAAUUUUCUUUACUUCUUUUUGU